AUGAAGGCCUCUGCGACUCUCCUGGCGGCCGCCCUCUUCUACCAGGGCGCCGCCGCUCUGCCCUGCAAGGGCCCUUCUGCCGCCUGUGGUGCCGUCGGCUGGGCCGGCCCCACUCCGGUCAAACUCGCCGUCCGCGCCGACCCCGCCCCUUCCGCCUUCCCAGGCGCCGAGGGAUUUGGCCGCAACGCCAUCGGCGGCCGAACUGGCAAAGUCUACAAAGUCACUAACCUCAACGACUCCGGCACGGGCUCCCUCCGUGAUGCCGUCUCCCAGCCGAACCGUAUCGUGGUGUUCGACGUCGGCGGUGUCAUUAAGAUCGACGCCCGCAUUGUAGUGUCCAAGAACAUCUACAUUGCCGGCCAGACCGCUCCAGGAGGUGGCAUCACCGUCUAUGGCAACGGUUUCUCUUGGUCAAACGCAAACGAGGCCAUCGUACGUCAUAUCCGCAUUCGUAUGGGCAAGCCCGGCGACAGCGGGAAAGACGCCAUCACUAUCGCCGACGGCAAGAACCUCAUCUUCGACCACGUCUCCGUCUCCUGGGGUCGCGACGAGACCUUUUCCAUUUCGGGUGAUGUCAGCAAUGUCACGAUUUCUUCCAGUAUAAUCAGCCAGGGAUUGGAAACCCAUUCAUGCGGAGGACUCAUGCAGACUGAUGGCGGUGUCUCGCUCUUCCGCAACCUGUACAUCGACAACAAGACCCGCAACCCCAAGGUCAAGGGAGUCAAUGACUUCCAGAACAACGUCGUCUACAACUGGGGAGGAGGAGGCGGCUACAUCGCUGGCGACUCCGACGGUGCGAGCUACGCCAACAUCAUCAACAACUACUUCAUUUCCGGGCCUUCCACCUCCGUCACCGCCUUCACGAGGGGCAACGCCAACUUCCGCGGCUACGUCAAGGACAAUUUCUACGACUCGAACCGCGACGGCGUCCUCAACGGUGCCGCUCUUUGCGUAUCGACCACCUGCUACUCCAACAUGGCCAUCCAGACCACCCCCUUCGCCUACCCAGCGCCGGCGAAACUUUUGACGCCCGCCGACGCCGUCGCUCACGUCAUCUCCAAGGUCGGCGCCUCCAUCGCCCGCGACGCCGUCGACACCGCCCUCGUCAAGGAGCUCACGUCCUACGGCAAGUCUGGGAAGCUCAUCUCCGACGAGGCCUCCAUGGGCGGCGUCGGCACCAUCGAGGCCGGCACGGCCAAGAAAGACACGGACGGCGACGGCAUUCCCGACGAGUGGGAGACGGCGAACGGUCUGAACCCCAACGAUGCCUCGGACGGCAUGAAGAUCGGCGCUGGCGGGUACGCCAACCUCGAGAUUUAUGUCAACUCGCUCGCCCCGGCCGUCUACUAG